GAGGCGCUGUGGUCGGUGGUCAUCGGUGGUGUAGUUCCAGGUCCAGAGCCUUUAAGCUGCUACUGCUGCUCUUGCCGCCGCCGCCUCCGCCUUCUGCCUUUCGGAAUCAUAAUGUGCUUCCGCCUCUCCCUGAUUUCGGGCUCGGGGCUCGUUCUGCUCUGCCUUGUCUUGGGAGCUGUCCGGUCUUAUGCAUUGGAACUUAAUUGGAAAGAUUCAACAAAUGCCACUUGCCUUUAUGCAAAAUGGCAGAUGAAUUUCACAAUAUACUAUGAAACUACAAACAAAACUCAUAAAACGGUAACCAUUUCAGACGUUGGCAAAAAUGUGACAUAUAAUGGAAGCAGCUGUGGAGAUGACCAGAAUGGUCCCAAAAUAGCAGUACAGUUUGGUUCUGGUUUCUCCUGGAUGGUGAAUUUUACUAAGGAGGAGUCUAGUUAUUUAAUUGACAGCAUCUCAUUUUCCUACAACACUAAUGAUACCACAACAUUUCCAGAUGCUAAACAUAAAGGAAUUGUUCCUGUUAAUAAAUCUGCAGCAAUCAAAAUUCCAUUGAAUAACAUCUUUAGAUGCAAUAGUUUAUUAACUAUAGAAAGUGAUAAUGUAAUCCAGCAUUAUUGGGAUGUUCAUGUACAAGCUUUUGUCCAAAAUGGUACAGUGAGCAAAAAAGAAUAUUUGUGUGAUAAAGACAAAACUUCUACAACAGUAGCACCCAUCAUUCAUACCACUGUGCCAUCUCCUACUACAACACCCACUUCAAAGCAAAAACCAAAGGUUGGAACUUACUCAGUUACUAAUGGCAAUGGUACUUGUCUACUGGCUACCAUGGGACUGCAGCUGAAUAUCACUCAGGAGAAGGUUGCUUCGGUUAUUAACAUCAACCCCAAUACAACUGACUUCACUGGUAGCUGCCAUCCUCAGACUGCUCAACUUAGGUUGAACAGUAGCAUCAUUAAGUAUCUUGAGUUUAUCUUUGCCAUGAAAAAUGAAAACCGAUUCUAUCUGAAGGAAGUGAAUGCCAGUAUGUUUUUGGCUAAUGGCUCUGUUUUCAGCAUUGCAAAUAACAAUCUUAGCUACUGGGAUGCCCCCCUGGGAAGUUCUUAUAUGUGCAACAAAGAGCAGACUGUGUCAGUGUCCGGAACAUUUCAGAUAAACACCUUUGAUCUAAGGGUUCAGCCUUUCAAUGUGAAGGAAGGAAAGUAUUCUACAGCUCAAGACUGCAGUGCAGAUGAUGACAACUACCUUGUGCCCAUAGCGGUGGGAGCAGCCUUGGCAGGAGUACUUAUUCUAGUGUUGCUGGCUUAUUUUAUUGGUCUCAAGCGCCAUCAUGCUGGAUAUGAGCAAUUUUAGAACCUGCAAUCUGAUUGAUUCUAUAAAAAUAUAUGCAAAUAGCAAGGUUUUCUUGCCUCAGUGUAUGAAACACUUUGUUCCUUUAAACUGAUACGCUGAAACUUAAUUCUUAAAUCAACCCCAGCAUUUCGAGAUCAGUCUUUAUUAAUAAAAACUGCUCUCCUUUGAUCAGCUUAAAGUUGAAAGUGGUGUGUAUUUACUGAUCCUAGAGACAAACUUGUUAAAAAAAGACUGAUGUACAACAUUUUAAGGUAUGUCUUUUAAGAAACUUUGGCAAAAUUUUUUUCCUAACCUAAGAUAUCUUAAGCUUAUUAACAUGACCAUUAUAAGAACAAAAGACAUAAUUGUAUCUUGCUGGAAUUAAUAAAUAUUGUUACACUAUCCGUGUUCUGUUUCAAUAUAUAAGAAAUAUCCCAGUUUAUACUUAUCACAGUGCCUUUGCAUAUAGUUUAUUAAGUAAAUAUUGAUAUGGUAUAAACGCCCAUCAGAUAUACUCAAACUUGGUUUUCAGUGGAACAAAGUAGAGACUGUCCUCAAGACCAUCCACAUUUUUAAGUUUGUGACUUUUGCUGAUUUUUUUGAUUCACAAAAAUUUUUUAAUUGUUUUAUUUUUUCAACAAUAUAGACUGAAAAGAUUGAAACAUAGUUAACCACUUGUCUUGUUUUCCUCUUCUUUGGAUGCCUGAUUAGCAUUGAAAGAUAGAAAUAUUCUAUGAACUAAUUAAGACAGAUUGUGUUGUGUUUCUUUACCGCAUCUUGUUGAUCUCUGGAGCAUUAAAAUUGAUUUAGUGUUGUCAUCAUACUGGUACUUAUGAAAUGUAAGCUAACAGCAAUCUUAGAAGGGAGGCAGUGAAGCAUAGCAGCUAGGCUCUUGCUUCUUCAAGAUGGGCCCUGUGGGGCAGAUCAUAGUGGGGGUGUAGACAGAGGCAAAGAUAGAUAAUCAGCCCUUAUUGAAACAUAGACCAUAGUAUGUGAAGUACAGAUAUUGAAUGUAUAGAUAAAUAAGAAGGAACCCUAAACUCUAAUAGAUGAGAAGACUUUCACAUUGAAGUGAUUAAUUCAUUUUAAUGUGUAUGUUGGUUUGUUCAGGUUUCUGUUAACUUACUGAUCAAAAACACAUUGUAUCUUAGAACCCAGCUCCUGGUGUGUUUGAGGGCUUUCAGUAAAAUAUAGCAAAUCCAAAAAAGGCUAGUGUGGUUACUGAAAUUCACAUUAUGUUUUCAGAACAAUAGCAACUUUUUUGUGAGUAACAGAGAGAUAAGAGGAGGAAAAGUAAAAAAUAAAGGAAAUAUGCGAGUUGUGAUCAUAAAUCACACCAACUAUAAUUUAGGUUAAUUGCUUUAACCUUAUACUAGAAAGGACCUUAGGGAUUAUUUACUCCAACUCCUUAGUUUUACAGAAAGGGGAGUGCGUUCACUAAGAUUACAUGUCUAGUGGGCAACACAGCCAUUAUUAGUCUUUUGCUAAAAACUGCCUGAAUGAAAUCUAAUCAUUCAAUAGUAAAACAACUUCUUGCUUAAACUUGAAAUUAUAAAAUCAGCAUUGGGCACUUUGAAUUGCUGUGCUGUUUUGCUUAAGUGUUUUUAAGUAGCAAGUACUGGCCUUCAGAAUAAUAACACACAGAAACACUUCUGUUAUGACCUCUGUUAAUUUAAAACCUUAACCUCUUUGGAGGGGGUCACAAACGGGGGAAAAAGAUAAGGGAGUAAACACUUGUGAACCACCCGAUGUUUAUCAGAUGCUUUAAAAUAUAUAUUUCUCAAUAAUAUAGGUAUUAUUUCCCUUUUAUAGACAAGGAAAGCAAGGCCCAGUUUAAAUACCAUAACAAGGUCCUUUGGCUAGUACUUGAAAAAGUCAAAAUUCAAAUUCAAUUCUGUCAAUUCAGAGCUCAAAAUCUACCUUGCUCACAUUGCCUUUCUGGUGGUCCUGUGAAUGGACUUCUGUGAAUUACAUUCUGCUAUUCUAACAGGCCACCACUCAUCUGAAAGUAAUUACAUAUAACCUGAUCAUUACCUGAUGUCUGGGUAAAAUUUAUACUUCAUUUUCUUAACCCUAAGUUUUUUUUUCACUUAAAUUUUAUUGUUUAUACAGAAUUAUUUUAAUGUAGUACUAAGGGUGGAACCUAGGGC